UGCGAGCAUCGGAGGGAGAAGCAGGCGGCCGCUCUUUUGUCUCUGACCCCGGAGAGAGGAGACUGGCCAGGCAGAGCAGGUUGCUCCCCCUCCCCACCCAUUCCACCGCACCGCUUCCUCGUGGCUUCUUCUCGCCGUGGGCCAAGGUGGUCCUUGGGCUUGCUGAGAUCGCCGCGCCCCUUCUUCUUCUUCCUCUUCUUCCUCCUCCUCGCGGGCCGAUCGCGGAUCCUCGGCAGGCUGAGAGCGAAGUGUGACUUUCCACAAAGCGUCAUAUAUGCUGAAGCUCUUGGACGUUAGAAGGCAUUAAAGGGACAAAUCUGCAUGACCUAAUGAUAUUUGGUGUAGUGAUUAAAGUGCUGGCCUAACAACCAGGAGACGGUUUAAUUCCAUUCUUGCACACUGAGACAAGCAGCAGUGCAAUUGGUGCACCAGCUUUCCAGACUGCCUCGGGAUGGCCCACCUUGAACAAAAGCAGACGGCAGAGAGCCCUAAAAUUGCCACUGAAAUCACAAAGGAUAAGUUGAUGCCAUCACGGCCUCAGCCAAACAGAAGGUCCAGUCGAUCCUUUCCAUGCAUGGAUGGGAAGAAAUUCAGUGUAUGGAUGUUCUUACCGCUUGUCUUGACGUUGUUUACCUCAUCAGGACUGUGGAUUGUAUAUUUUAUAGCAGUAGAAGACAACAAAAUUCGUCCACUAGAUGUGCCAGACAGGUGUGAUUACUUUCCUUUUGUGUCCCGCAGCAAACCAACUUCUUUAAAGCCGCCAUAUAUAAGUAUUGCAGGUGAUGUCCCUCCUGCUAGCUGUGUAUUUAGCCAAGUCAUGAACAUGGCAGCAUUCCUAGCACUGGUCAUAGCUGUCCUCCGCUUCAUUCAGCUAAAGCCAAAGGUUUUGACUCCAUGGCUCAAUGUCAGUGGCUUGGUGGCCUUUUGCUUGGCUUCUUUUGGAAUGACCCUUCUGGGCAACUUCCAGCUUUCCAAUGAUGAAGAAAUACAUAACGUUGGCACCUUUUUGGCCUUUGGUUUCGGCACUAUGGCCUGUUGGAUUCAGUCCGCACUAACCCUCAAAAUAAACUUGAAGAACGAAGGUAGAAAAGCUGGAAUCCCACGAGUGAUUUUGUCAGCAGCAAUAACACUCUGCCUAGUCCUUUAUUUCAUUUUGAUGAAUGAGUUUAAGUUGCACAUGCAUGCGUCACGGAUCCAGUGGGGAAUGGUGAUGUGCUUCCUAUGUUUCUUCGGCUCCUUCGCGGUGGAAUUCAGACACUACCGGUUCGAGAUCAUUUGCUCCGAGUACCAAGAGAAUUUCCUCAGCUUCUCUGAAAGCCUCUCUGAAGCCUCCGAGUAUCAAACAGAUCAGGUGUAACCCAACUCCCAACUGACCAGGUGGAUGAUGUUUGAUGUCCAAGGAUUGAACUCACGGCCCCUUUCAUUUACCGUGUUUUAAAUUUUGGGUUUUUUUGCUAAUUUAUCUCUGCAAUCGCCCAAACUUUCUUCUGAAGAAAGAAUAAGAUGCCUCUUUGCAUGGAUUCACAAAAUGUUUUCAACUGAAUCGCUUUCGGUUUGAGCACGAACACCCUGCGUCAAAAUUCUGUGGAGAUUCUGUCACCCAGAUCAUGGUUGUCCCAAAUGGGCUUUGUUUUUCCUUGAAGACGUUUCGCUUCUCAUCCAAGAAGCUUCUUCCGUUCUGACUUCAGUUCAUUUCAGUUCUUCAGUCAGAACGGAAGAAGCUUCUUGGAUGAGAAGUGAAACGUCUUCAAGGAAUAAAAAAUCCAGUUGUUUUUUUUGGGGGGAAAAAGAGCACCUUUUCUCAAAUGAUCCUCCCUCAAAUGCAAAAUGGCUGUUUCAAGCGCAAAGCGGGAAACUUCCUGCACAUUUUCUGGGCUCAAGGCGGAGCAUUGCUGGCACAUUUUCCUCUAUGUUCAAAACAGCCCACUUCUCGCUUAGAAUAGUUGUCACACUUUUAGGACAGGGUGCUUGGUCCUCGAAAGGGCUCAGUUUGAAACAUUUUGUCUACACUACCUCUUUGCUCCUUUUUUUUUUUUUGGUUGCUUAAGACAUUUUAUAACACGGUAGGAGAUGUUGGGUUUAGGUUUGUUCCCCAUAGUUCUCUCGUGACUGGCUGGCAGAACUUAAUUUUGCAUUAUAUCGUUAUGUUACGCAAAAAGAGGUAGAGAACUAUGAAUGACUGCUAUCCAUACGUACAGUAUAUGCAGCUGCACCUUGAGUGACUAUAAAAAGUGGCGAGGGUCAUGUUACCUGCAAUAAGCUUUAGACCAGGAUCAUGCAGCAACCAUGGUCUGUGGACCUAUCAUAAGGGCAUCCACUGGGUGGAGGAGGUGUAUCCAGAUUUACAAAACCAAGUGUCAAGUUGCAAUGCAAGCUGCAUCUGGUGUCUAUGCAUACAACAUACAGAAGAGAGGCUACGAUUGUGACAGGGUUAUGAUUGUGAUACCACGGCUAGUAUCUUACAGAUCAUUUGUGUAUAAGCUUUACUAUAACCUGUACAUUUGGCCGUGGAAUCUACAGUUCCCAUGGCUAUUAUUUGUGGAGGUUUGCAAACCAGUUUCCCGUGUUACUGAGUUUCUGGGGUCAGUUGUCUGCUGAAGUGCACUGUUCUCUUUCCCUCCUGUUUUCUGCAUUUCAGAUUCUUUGAAAGGAACUGCCAAUUUUACUGCAGCCUGAUCCAUUAUAGUGUGUGAGCAGAUGGUGCUUGAUCUCACAAAAACCAGGGCUUGGAUUGUCAGCCUACUUGCCUUCCCAUAUUCUGGUGCUUUUGCCACCCUUUAUACUGAAAACAGGUUCACUUCUCACUGACUUGGAGAACAAGAACACAAAGAAACAGGAACAUUUUUAUGCGGCUUCCCUCUGGGGCCCAGUGAAUGGAUGAAUGAUGGGCUUGUUAGGAUUGGGAUAGGAUAGGAUUGUUUCUGAGCCUUUAAUAUUUGCAUCGAGGCAGGAAUCUCAAGGGCCUGUCCUGCAAAAUCCUCUUUCUAAAUUUUUCCAAGUUGCAUAUGAGUUUUCUUUUCCCCUAUAUAUGGCCUGUAUAUUUACAUCCAUCUUUUUUUCAGAGAUUGGAAGAUGUUUCUAUGCUGGAAUUUUAAGACUAGUUACGCCAAUGUGAAGCUGUGGGUUAGAACUGUUACUUAAGGAGAAAAGUGUAACGUGGUUUGAAGCGGCAAAAAAACAAGAUCAGAAGAUGUUGGAACGUUAACCAAGUAGCAAUAACAAGGAGCUUGUAAAGGGGCAAUUGAAAAGUUGCUAAUUUGCCAUAUGGAAUAAUCAUAUAACUACACUUGAAGGUAUAGAUUUUUGGGAUGAAAUGGUUUGCCACACAAUCCUAUCUACUUUUACAUCAGAGUUAAUUCUCGCUGAACAGAAAUGAGGGGGAGGUAGGGAGCUUGGAACAUAAAUUGGAUUAAGUCCAAAAUAUUAAAUUUCAAGAAUGGGGCCAGAAUCUCGAUGUGAGAUAGUGAAUGCUUGAAAUAGGAGUCAGAAAAUAUUUAACAGAGAGAGCAGUGAAUUGGGUGAAAAGCUUAAGUUUAAUAAUUAGAAAUAGGAGACCUGUCAAAGUGAUAAUGGUUUUCAAUGUAGGACAUAAACGCACACAGAAUUGUAAAAUACACAAGUGUUUCUAUAUUAGAGGGGUUGAUGAGAGACGCUUUAAGUCAGGUGUAGAUAGCUAAAUGCUGUUCAGAUGUUUUGGAACUCAUUUCUCAUCAGCUCCGGACAGGAUGGCCAAUGGCAAGAUUAUGUUACAAACAUCUGGUGGGUAACAGGUUCCUUUCCCCAGCUGUAGAGGAAUCCAAAACAGCUGUGCUUCUCGAGUUACGAAAAGGUUGGAAACAUAAAGAAAUCCGCCAACAAGCAGCUAAAUGGGUUUCUGUUAAAAUGUGUUUUACUGUAAAUAAUUCAUUGUGAACUUUUUUUUUAAUGUUUAUGUUGUAUCAUUUAUAUUUUGUAUUUUUUUUCCUGAAAGGGAGGGGAAAAAUUGUUUUGUGAACAUUUCCUCUCUCUCUCCAUCGAAUAUGCAACCCAACUUUUUUUCACAAUAGUGUAAAUACCUUUUAAGUAUUUCUUAUGGCACAUUUUUCAAUAUGUUUGAGCAAAGACUUCAUAACUGUAUACUGACACGUGACCACUAAAUAAAUUUCUUUUAUGGAAA